GCACUACACUACAGUAGGCAAGUCCAGAGAGACAGAUAGAGGGGAAACAAGAGAGCAGGCAUCGUCAGCGAUCCAGUGCCACGGAGAAACAAAAACCCUUGAAGCUUUUACAAAACCGUCAAGUUAAUAACUGAUCUAUUGAAUUUAGGAGAUGGUGAUCUCAUAUUCUCGGCAGAUCGUCUAACCGCCCUAGAGAAGCCAUGAGUGGGGUCCUGAAGAGGAAGUAUUCCGAAGUAGAAGAGGAGGACCCUUGCUACUCCUCCCCAUCUUCCUCCGCCUCCUCCUCCUCCCCCUCCUCCUCCGCCUCCUCGGAAUUGGAGUCAGAUGAGGAGAGCCGCAACAGUGACAACCAAGACUUCAACUCUGCCUCACCUACCUCCCAUCUACCCAUCCGCUCCAUCCUGAAGAGCCCAAAACUUUCCCAUGACAACAGCGGCCAUAGCAACAGCGUUGUCUUCAACCAGGUGACGGUGUUCCUGUUCCAGCGUUGCCAGGGUUUCACCAGCGUUCCGAGACGCGGCGGUGCCACCCUGGGCAUGGUGAGGAAGCACAGCGCCCUCCGGAGGUACACACUGGCAGAGCACACCCAGGAGAGACGAAGGAGGCGCAGGGAGAGACUCAGAGAUAGACUGAGGGAGGAGAGGCUGGAGACACUCAGACAGAGACUGACAGCCAGUGGCAUUACGGACCAGGAGGAGUUAGAUCGCCUCACCAUCGAUCAGAUCGACCAGGUGCCUGACGAAGACAUCGAGGCCCACCUCCCUGCGGCUGACCUUGAGGAUGGGGAGGAGGAUGGGGGUGACGGGGGGCUCCUGUACCCCUACGCUUCCCGCCAGAGACAGGCCCUACUCCGGGCGGCGGGGGCGAGGCACAUCGACCGGGAGGAGAAGAGAGAGCUCCAUGCUCUGAGGAAAUCCCGAGAGGACUGUGGAUGUGACUGCCAGGGAUUCUGUGAACCUGAAACCUGUGCCUGUAGUCUGAACGGGAUCAAGUGCCAGAUGGAUCGCUCCAACUUCCCUUGCGGCUGCACAAAGGAUGGCUGUGGGAAUACUAACGGUCGCGUGGAGUUCAACUCCAGACGAGUCCAGACCCACUACAUACACACUGUCAUGAGGCUGGAGCUGGAGAGGAGACUGCAGGAUGAGAUACUAACCCAGAGGAGAGACCCAGAGGAGAACCAAGACGAUCUCCAGGAGCUCCAGGACCAGGGACAGCAUCAGCAGGACAGUGCCCAGGAGGGGAGAUGCCCCUUCGGGUUCACCCUGGAAGAAGAGGGCCUCCCUCUCUCCAUCCCCACCACCCCUACCUUCCACUUCAGCUCUGAACUGUGUGAGGUUGAGAAUAGUUGCUGUAGUGACAUGACCGACUCGUCCGGCGUCUCUGCCCAGAGCGAGGACUCCGACGUGGGAGGAAGCCCUCGAGAGCACCAGCCUCUCUUGGAUGUGGACGAUGGAGGUGUGGCUUGUGUCCUCAGCUUCUGCGACUCUGACAAUGAGGACUGCUCCAUGGGCAGUGAAAGUGGCACAAAGCCAGGGAGACAACCGUCGCCACACCUUCGCCAGUGUGUCACCGGUUUCGACACGUUGUACGGCCUCUGUAAAGACACCACAGCCACCCUCGGCCUGUCCAACGCACCCGGUUCACACACAGACAAUACACAGACGUAUACAGAGAAGACACACAGACACACAGACAACAGCUACAGCGGCGGUUCUUUCAUGGCCGAGUAUCAAGACGACAAUGCCAACCAAGCGACGGCCCUGUUCACCCACAGUCCCCUCCAGGACUACCCCAACACACCCUCUCCUUCCAUAGACUACUCGUCCAGCAGCUACAUGGACCUCAGUCUCUCCUCUGACUCGGAUUUGGAGCUCUUUGACAACUUCCCUACAGACUAUAGCUCAGCCCCUCUACACAACUCAUUCAAAGGCCACAAGCACCCUGACAACUUCCUUCAUCUGCAAGUGUUGAGUUCUGCAAAUGUCCCACAGUUCAAUGAGACAGCUGGCACCUGCCUCCUGGAGUCUCUGAUUGGCUUAUCCGAUCCAAUAGAAACUCCUUCAUCCACAGACAAUCAGUUAUUGGAGCAGGUAAUUCAGUGACCAAUGGGCUGAACUGUCAGGGUUCUGUGGGACCUGAUUGGCUCAUGGACAUUAAAAUGAGCCUAGAAGAACAUUAAUAUGUACAGUCUACAGUUUGUAUUUUAAUAAGAUAUUUGAAUGUACAGUAUGAGAUAUUUUAUUCAGAUUUAUUAAAUACGAUGUUGUUGAAGAAGAAGAGGCACAUUAUGGUUAUUCAUGAUUUAGACAAUAUUAUACAUGAGCAGAUAUCACAGAACCCUAAAUGUCAUCACUACGAGACAUAACAUGUUUCAUGUUUCUUGAUGUUCACAAUUCUUUUAUUUUUUAAAUGUGCUUUCCAGCAGUUAUUUAUAAAUGAUUAUUCAUUUAAAAAAAAGAACAAUGGCUUAAUUUAUUUAUUUACUUGAUGUACAUUUGUUUUUAGCUGAGGGAUUGUAUUGCUGGCAUCACCACGAGACAGACAGAUGGAGACAUUCAUGAAAUUUUAUGAAUUGUAUUCAUGUGAAGUUUUGUUUCAAUCAAGACUGUGGCACAAUAUUCAGAAUUACAACAUCUUGUUAUGUAUUAUUAAUUGUAGUACUACUACUGUGUAUUGGCCUACAUGAAAUGAUUUAGCUAAAUGUAUUGCUAUUUAUUUGUGUCAAAACGCCAUAGUUUCAUGUAUUGGAGAUCCAUCUCUCUCCUCCUCCAUAGGUAACUUAUUAUUUCUUCUUCGUUUUGGCUUAUUUAUUUCUUCUUCGUUUUGGCUUAUUUAUUUCUUCUUCGUUUUGGCUUAUUUGGCAAACUGAAAUGUCAUUGCUUUGCAAAAAUAUCAAUGGAAUCUGAUAUGUGCGCCGUGUAUUUAAGAAAGUUUUGCUUUGUCUGUCUUUUUAAGUUAUUUUCUAUGGAAAUAUAUUAGCAUUUACAAUGUGUUACUGAAUCUUGUAUUUUAAAGAAAGUCAAAUCUUCUAUCAAUGAAUAAACAUAAAUCUUUUGGAACAAUGUUGAA